CGAUGGUGAGAGUGUCCGCGAUGGAGGGAAGCCGGCUGCUCGUUUUGACAGCCUUUGCGAUAUUUUUCGUGGAGUUUGGAACUCUGAAAUCGUUUGGCGUGCUGUUCAACCCAAUGCAAGACUCACUGCAGUGCUCGACAGCCCAGUUAGGGACCGUCGUAGGCAUGACCCACAGCCUAGGUCUUAUCUUGGCUCCUCUUACUGGUAACAUUGCACGGACAAUCGACAGUCGCUUGUGUGUGAUGGUCGGCGGAGGAUUGCUUUUCGUCGGGUUCUUGGCUACUGCGUUCGUUAAUAACAUCUAUCAGUUGGCAAUCACUCUUUCACUAACAGGUUUUGGUCUAAGUCUUGCGUACAUUCCACAACUGGUGCUCCUGCUGGUGGCUUUCCCUGAGCGUUUCUCCCUAAUGUUUGGCCUCGCUGGAAUGGGCGGCUCGCUUGGUAUGAUGGUCUGUCCACCAAUUGUCGACCUUCUGACGAUGACGUAUGGGUGGCGUGGCGCCAUGCUAAUCAUGGCUGCCGCCAGUUUCAACGUCACCGCCUUUGGAGCCAUGCAGCGGCUGCCGUCGUCAGGCUAUGAGAAACUGAAAAAAGAAGACAUCCAAAGUUUAUCUGAUGACAGACCGAGAGACAUCCGUUCCAAGCUUAGUGCCUUCGCCUCUGCAUUGGUCCAAUGGCUCUCAAUGCAUCUCUGCAUUGAACAUCCCAAGGUGCUGCUUCAUUUAACCGUAUGGCCCCUUCUGGGGGCCAUUUUCGCGGCAUGGAUGGUGUUCCUGGUUCCACACGCCAUAGCGAGGGGUAUACCUAGCGUUGAGGCUGCCUUCCUGUCGACUAUAGGGGGGAUUGGACAUCUUCUCAGUCGGGCUAUUCACCCAUUCAUCCUAGACCGCAAGCUCAUGAGUGCGUUCUGGAUGUUUGUGAUACUUAACCUCGUUAACACUGUCUCCUUUUUCCUGGACUAUGCAGCUGCAGAUAAUUAUUUGGCUCUGAUGUUGUUGGCCAGCGUAAAUGGGGCCGCAGAAGGAAUCGUCAAUUGGAUUAUUCCCUCGGUCUCAAAAGAACUCUACGAGGAAUCUGGCUAUGUCAUGGACAUUUGCAUCAUAGGUAACUGCUUAUUCGGCGCUGGGGAGAUCUUGGGCGGUUUUCUGGCGGGAGCGUUAUACGACAUGACACAGAGCUACAGUGCUUCGUUCUUCUCGCUUGGUUUCAUGGCUGCUGUAACGACGACAAUGUGCCUCAUUGAUCGGCUCGCGUCCAAGUGUUUCAAUGAAACUAACUGAUAACCAUUGGCUUUUAUUUCCAAGUAAAAUUUUCUUUUUUUCGCGAGUGGCUGUUUAUUGUGACGUCCCUUGGAAAGCGAAUCGCGGUAGUUAUUGUGUAAUGUAGCCAUGGUAUACGUU